CCCAGCCGGCCCUGCCUUCUCCCCUGACCUGCCGGCUGCUCCCGACCCCCGCUGUGCCCACUCACCAUGGAGAAGACCCUCGUCCUGCUGCUGGUCACCCUGGCCGUGACCUACGCCGUCCCCGACCCCCGCGGGAUCAUCAUGAACCUGGAGGAGGGCGAGCUCUGCAUGAACAGCGCCCAGUGCAAGAGCAAGUGCUGCCACCGCGCCAGCGGCCUGAGCCUGGCCCGCUGCGCGCCCAAGGCCAGCGAGAACAGCGAGUGCUCCGCCAAGACGCUCUACGGGGUUUACUACAAGUGCCCCUGCGAGCGGGGCCUGACCUGCGAGGCGGACAAGUCCAUCGUGGGCUCCAUCACCAACACCAACUUCGGCUUCUGCCGCGACCAGAGCCGCUCCAGCGAGUGAACCCCCCCCCCCAUGCACCUGGCCCAGAGAAGGGAGC